GAAAAAACGCUGAAUAAAAAACAUCGGUGAUCAAGAAAUAAGAAAAGCCUCUACUUAGUCGCUCGGCAUGCUAGAAAUAGCUGCCAUAUCUCUUUCAAGUUUCACUCUCCUUGUCUUAAUAAAGAAGAACAGCACAAAGAAUGAGUGAUAUGGUGUUGGAUGUACUUUAUGACAAGAUGGUCAUGGCUGAAAUGUCUUUGAUCAUAAGUUUGUCAACUCGAUCAGAGCUGACUUAGAGCAGCUAAGCAACAACAACGAUCGAAGUGUCCCACCAAACCGUGGGAAAUAGUUUUUAAGCCUCUCCUCCACAUCUAUUUCUCCCUUUCUCUCUUUCUACUUCUCACUCACUUCUUCUCCUUCCUUCACUUUUAAUCAGUUUCCUUCACUCUCAUUCUCUUACUUUUAUCCUGCGUUUCCCCCUCUCUUUGUCACUGUCUUUCCUUCUCUCUCUCUCACUCUCUCAAUCAGUGUCUCUCACUCUUACUCUGUCAUCCUCUCACUCAAUCUCCCUUCCUCUUAUUACUUUCUACUUCUCACUUUUACUCUGAGUCCUUCACUUUCACUCUUAUAUCUCCCUCUCACUCUGUCUGUAAGUCUCUCUCCCUCCCACUCACACUCGUCUCCCACUUAUCUUUUGUCGUCUGCCUCUUCCAUUCUAAACUCUUUCUCUCUCCUUCAACACACCGGAUUGUCGUCUGCAGUUUUUGGAUAUGUUUACACCUUCUUGCUUCUGGCUUGGAGCUUGAUCCACUCUUCUGACGUCAUUUGAUUCUUUAGAAUUUCUUUAGCAUGUCUGAGGUGCCUCCGCUUCCAAGACGGAAGGAUAGCUUGCCAGCACCAAAAGUGCCUCCAAUACCACCCGUGCCGAAUCGAAAAAAUUAUUUAUCAAGUCGUCCCUGUGUGUGGCCAGUUACCCAGCCAACUACUUCAGCUGUGACCAUUUCCAGUGGCUGCACUGCCAGCAGCUGUAGUAGCAGCAACAAUACCAGUAGCAACAGCAGCAGUAAUAACAACGUCAGCAUCAGCAGCAGUAUCUGCAUCAGUAUCAACAACAGUACACCAAGCAGUGCUAUCACAACAAGUACCACCACUACCACCACCACCAGCACCACCACCACCAUCUCUACACUCACUACAACUAGCUGUAGUUCUUCAGUCUCUGCUGCCACCAAAAUGUCUACAAACCCACAAACAUCAGUAUCAUCUUCAUCGUCAGCAUCAAUCGAUUCCAAAAGUUCCAAUGAAGCUUCUGAAAUCGUAUUCGAGGCUUCAAACCACUGCCAGGAGGGCUUCAAGGCUCUUUUGGAUUUCUACAAUCGAAAGAUAUUAUGUGACUUGGAGAUUCGAGUUGGCAAGAAGUCGAUAUGGUGCCAUCGGGUUGUUCUUGCAUGUGUCAGUAACUAUUUCAAAGGUAUGUUUACAUCAGACAUGGCAGAGAGCAAGCAGGGUGUCCUGACGAUACACGAUCUAGAUGAGCAUUGUCUUCAAGCCCUCAUAACAUUUGCAUACACCUCUAAAGUUACACUCACUGUGGACAAUGUACAACAACUUCUAUAUGCAUCUUCCAUUUUGCAAAUGGAAACAGUUGCACAAGCCUGCUGCAAAUUUAUGCAGAACCAUUUGCAUCCAACAAAUUGUGUCGGUGUCAGAAACUUUGCUGAGCAGCAUGGCUGUACGGAAUUGGUCAAAGUAACAGAUGAAUACAUAUUGGAACAUUUCCUUGAGGUAGUUGACCAAGAGGAGUUCUGCAACAUGCCAUACAAAGUCAUCGAUAUCAUUGUCAGUUCACCGAACCUUAAUGUACCUUCUGAAAUUCGUGUUUAUGAGGGUGUAAUGAAAUGGGUUAAACAAGACUUAAUGAAACGGCGUUGUUAUUUGCCAAAACUGCUUGCACAUGUCAAACUGCCCCUUAUACCGGUGAGUUACCUUAUGGAUUGUGUUGAAACUGAGGACCUUUUAAAGAAAAGUUUUGAGUGUCGGGACUUCUUGGAUGAAGCCAAACAUUACCAGAUGUCUCACACUAACCUGAUCAUCGAGGUUAAGAUUACAGAGAGGAUGAAACCACGUAAAAGCUAUGCAGGUGUACUUUUUUGUGUGGGGGGUCGGGGAGCAGCAGGUGACCCUUUCAAGAGUAUAGAAUGUUAUAACUACCGCAAAAAUUCCUGGUUUCCAAUUGCUGAAAUGAAUACUCGCAGACGACAUGUUGGAGUAUGUGCUGCUUCAGGUCGCCUUUAUGCAAUUGGAGGACAUGAUGGAUUCACACAUCUGAACAGUGGGGAAGUGUUUGAUCCAGUCAAAAACAAGUGGUCAUAUAUUGCCCCUAUGGGAUCCCUCAGACGUGGAAUUGCCCUGGCCUGUUUAGGAGGUCCAAUCUACGCCAUUGGUGGUUUGGAUGACACAUCCUGCUUCAACACCGUGGAACGAUAUGAUCCUUCGACAGAUGUCUGGACGUUUUUAUCAUCCAUGAAGGUUCCUAGAGGCGGUGUAGGAGUUACGUCACAGAAAGUAACUAUUUCUAUUCCUAUUAUCAUUAACGUGUUGACCCAGCAGAAUCAUUUGUACGCCAGAUGCAAAACGGUUAAUUCCUUCACUGAUGCACUCUUGGUCAUGAGUGUUAUGUCUGUGUUAUCUUGUAGGCCAUCUUCAAGUGGAUUCUAUCUAUUUUCAUUUUACCAUGUUUCAGGUGGUUUUGAUGACAAUGCUCCACUACACUCUAUGGAACGUUACGAUCCAGCAUCAGAUUCCUGGACAUUGAUGCCAUCAAUGUCGUGUUGCCGGGGAGGAGUUGGUGUUGCUACGCUUGGAGGUAAAAUUUUUGCUGUUGGUGGCCAUGAUGGAUCCAGUUACUUGAAUUCUGUUGAAGCCUUUGAUCCAAGUACUGGGAAGUGGAUGAUGAUGUCAAACAUAGAAGUAUGUCGUGCUGGUGCUGGAGUUGCCGUCUUGGACUGUUCAGUGGAACAACUAGAAGACAUUCGAAAAACAGUCAAUACAUCCAGUGCUGGGUCAGUGAUACAGAGACAACAUGGGGAAUAAGAAAUAAGCAUUCCAAAGAUGUAUCUCCCGGUUUCGAUAUUUUUGCCCUUUUUUCCCUUUUGCUUCCAUAAAACGUUUCUAUUUGUUUUUGUUGUUGAAAACAAAAACAAGCAAAAUCCUUAUGUUGACAUCUGUCCGUUUAUAACAAACGUGUUAAGAUGGUCGACAUGUAAACUAAAUCAUAAGAAAGGAAGGACAAAAAAAUUCAUCCGCCAGUCAUUUGACAAACCAAAUAUCUUCACUAAACAUUGGCUGCUAUUUCUAAUGGAAACCUUUUUAAAAAAUCACAGGUGAGACUUUACCAAAACCAUAGAAUGUGGCUGGUCAAUAAAUUUCGCACAAAAGACCUGAAGUCAGUCCAGACUGAGCAGAGCACAUCAAGUCAAGACAGAAAAGCUGAAAAGCUGAAUGACCAGAACAAAUCAAGAGAAGAGAGAGAGAUCAAAUCAGGAUGGAUCAAGAGUUGAGUGAACAGCUCAAAGGGCAGGUCAUGUCAAGAUGCAUGUCAAGUAAAAAAGAAGAGAAACUGGUACAGAACCAAUCUAAAUUAUCUAUUGUUAUAAACAGAUGUAUAAAAAUCGAAAACAGAGAAUAUGGGGCUGGUCUCAGAAAUUGAAAUGAGAACAAAAAAGUCAGGUGGGGAAAUGUAUUUUUCAAUUAUUUUAUUCAAUUUUAUUUGGAACUUAUUUUUUUUUUAUACAUGACAAUAAAGCAAAUGACUUUGAUACAAAAUAAUAAAAGAACAAAAAUGAACAGAACUUUCUUUGAUCAAGAAAUUAUCAUGAAUUUUGCAUUGUAUUUACCAUAUAUUUCUUCAUUCAUCAUUUGUUAUUUUCUAAACCACACACACACACGCAUACACAUACAUUUAUGAAAAAAAAAAAAUUUGUUGUUCUUGAAUAGUCCCUGUGAAGUCUGCUUCGGCAGACCGAUUGUCAGGGUAUUAAACUGACCAAAGAAAACAUUCAAUGUUGAUACUUCUGUCUGUAAUCGUCCCGUUUAUAUGGGACUAUGCUGUCUUUAGAUUUUAGGGGCGUGAAAUAAAAAUGUGCCUACUUUAAAGACAGUAGUGGGUUUGUUAAAAGAUUGCUUCUAGUUGACUGCUGUUAUGUUGAGAACUUUGGGCAAAUAUGGUGAGAGAUAGAGUGGAAGGACUGAAGAAAUAUAACUGACUCUAUUUCGGUACUAAAGUUGGUGCUUCCUAUUUAAAGUUGGUAAAUCCUAUUUGAACCAGCAAUGCUGCCUUUCGUUUCAACUCCGCUCUUUCCCAAUCCCUUCAGAGAGAAUGAAAUAAAACUUGUAACAAAGAAAGGAAAAGAAAAAAAAAAACCC